CCGAGAGCUAGCUACCCGUCAACAACAGUGGUUACUAAAGCUGAGAAAGAGGCGGACAACUGGUCCGCACAAUGAAAAUUAGCACGCGUCAAGUGUAGGGUUUAGCCACAGAAGGCAGUCGUUUGUUCAUUUGUAAUUAAAAACAGGCCCUCAGCCAACAAAAAGCCUGUCUUCGGUGUAUUGUGAAGAUUAGAAAAAAACCCAAAGAGCGAGGAUGUUGGUCCCCGCGGGAAGAUAAUGAAGAGGCUGCGCGUUUUGUUGGUGUGCCUCAUUGUAGCUCUCCUGUGCUGGUACCCCAGUCAAUAUGUGUAUUGUUCAGAGCAGAGCUUUUCUGACCCAGGUCAGUCUGCCGUGGACAAAAACCCUGAUGGCCAGGAGCAGGACUCCACGCAACACAAGGUGUCGGACGAAUGGACGACACACACAUCAUACGAUAUGGGGCUAGAGACGGAGAGAGCAGCACUAGAGAUGCUGGAAACACAAAACAUACACCAAGAAGAGACUGUGAUUCAUUGGGAUGCUGAGGUGAAGGAGACCAAGCCUGAACCAGAGUCUGAUACUGUACCUGCUGCUCCUGAGCCAGAACCCCACCCAGACCCCCAGGCUGAUUUGGACCUGCAGAGUGACACCCAGGACCAUGACCGGGAACUCCCUGUGUCCUCCACUCCAGAACCAGUUCCAGCACAGGACCAAGUGUCCACAGAUGCCCCCACCCCAGCGGAGAUCUUCAGUGAGGCCCCUGCUGCACCCCCCAUCCUGGACUCAAACCCAGCCGCAUCCCCAGAUAAAGCUGAAAACACACCUACCUCCCAGAGUGCCGGCCAGACCCACACAGGUGCAGUGCUGGUUGCCAGUGCAGGAGAUGAACUCCCAGUAGACCACUUUGUUUUUGCUGAGCACUCUGAUUCACAGUGCGGGGUCAUUCCCCCCGAACUGGCAACCUGUGAAAACUCUCCUUUUGGCAGCCUUCUCCUCAGUGUGGAUGAGGCUGCCGCAGAGGACCAGCUUUCCGACCAGAGCCACAGCUCCGGUCCUGAAGCAGAAGUCCAGUCUACUCCGGGCCAUAUGGACCAGGAACAACAACAGGAGCUGGAGGAUGGGCUGUCUGAUUUGGACCAGGAGGGCAACACUUCCCAACACCAACAAGAACAGCAGGAAGGGGAUGCCAGUAUUGCGAGGGAGACUGAUCCCUCAGUGCCCAGUAAAGAAGACAUCCCCACCUUCGACGAGUGGAAAAAACAAGUCAUGGAGGUGGAGAAGGAGAAAAGUCAGUCUCUCCAUACCUCAACCAGCGGCAGCCCCCAUCCAGUGAAGAAGGUCCAGAAAAACUUCAAGAAUAACUAUGCCUCUGUGGAGUGUGGUGCCAAGAUACUCUCUGCCAACAAUGAGGCCAAGAGCACUUCAGCUAUUCUCAUGGAGAAUAUGGACCUUUACAUGCUAAAUCCUUGCAGCAACAAAAUCUGGUUUGUGAUAGAGCUCUGUGAGCCUAUUCAAGUCAAGCAGCUGGACAUUGCUAACUUCGAGCUCUUUUCAUCAACUCCUAAAGACUUUUUAGUCUCCAUCAGUGACAGAUAUCCUACCAACAAGUGGGUAAAACUGGGUACUUUCCAUGCACGCGAUGAGCGCAUUGUGCAGAGCUUCCCUCUGGAUGAGCAGCUUUAUGCUAAAUAUGUGAAGAUGUUCAUCAAGUACAUAAAGGUUGAACUCCUCUCCCACUUUGGAUCAGAACACUUCUGUCCACUCAGUCUCAUCAGGGUGUUUGGUACGAGCAUGGUGGAGGAGUAUGAGGAAAUCUCUGAUUCCCAGUAUCCUUCAGAAAGACUGGAGUACUUGGAUGAAGACUAUGACUAUCCACCUGGCUACCAACCAUCAGAGGACAAGGCCUCUAAAAACCUGCUUGGCUCAGCAACCAAUGCCAUCCUUAACAUGGUAAACAACAUUGCUGCUAAUGUGCUGGGCGGCAAGCCAGAGCUGGAGGGUGCAACAGAAACAGGAGCUAAUGUAACAACAGAAGAGAAUGAAAAGAAGGGAAGCACAGAAGUUACACCCAAACCAGCUGAAACACCUCAUGACUCUGCAGUACUGGAGCCUGCAGAGUCAGAACACCGUCCUACUCAGGAGGACUCUGAUGUCUCCACACCUCCUCCCCCAUCACCUGACUCCCAGGAGGACAGACAGAUUGUCACUCUGGUAGAGGAGGAAGAGGAGGAGGAGCCCAGACAGUCUACGGUCACCCUGAUGGAGGAGGAAGGAGAGGAAGAGGAAGAGAAGAGAGAGGAGGAGACGACAACGAAGAGGGAGGCCGACAGGAACAAGUGGGAGAACCAGACGUACUGUCCUUUCUCCUCCUUCUCUUCCCUGUCUCUGUCCUGCAUGGCCACGCUGCCGGAGCUGCUCCAUCGCUGGUGCUCCGCCAGGCUGGCCAAGGAGAGACUCCGCAGCCUUAGGCGGAGGCAGCUGAGCAUUCAAACACAGACGGAGAAACAUACCCCUUCCCCCACACCCACACCCCCACUGAUCCCUGCCCCUGUCCCCACACCUCUCAAAGAAGCCCUCCCACUCACAGAAAAAGCUCCCGAGCCCGAGGUGCCUGUCAAGGGCCAAGACGAGGGCAAAAACUUGGCCGAGGUGCACACCAUAUAUCCCAACACUGACACCCCUGACGCACACACUCCAGAGCUGAAGAUUCUCCUAGAACCAAGUAGAACCUCCACCAUCCCCCCUCACAGUUUCUCAGACAUCCAUAGUUCCCAGACAUGGCCUACCCCCACGCACGAGAAGAGGCUGCAUCCUCCCAUUAAAGAUGCAGCCCUGGACCCUGUCCCCACUCCACCACUCCAAGCCGUCUCAAUCCCCGAGACGCAACUGGCCAGCAGUGCCACCCCCACCCUUACAGUCAACUUGCCCCCACAACCUGUAGCCUCUGAGACGGCUUCUCUUGCUGUUGUGGUUUCCCCUGUUAAGGAGCAGCCUGUUCAGCCUCUUCCCACCGCAUCAAGGCCUGAAGACCUCAUCCCCCCUCCGACUGAACUGCCAACAGCUCUCCCACUGACCGACACAGACCCAGUACAGUCGAGCACAGACAGUGGGGACUCACAGAGACACAGUGUCCAGGCAUCUCAGACUCACGGGGAACAGGGGGACUCUCUCACUCAGACUGGAGAGCCCCAUCGCGUGGAAGACACGGUGGACGAGGACCUGCUAAGCACUAAUGGGAAUGGCAACGUCCACCGAACAGCUACAGACUUUUAUGCAGAGUUGCAGAAUGGAGGAGAUUAUAAUGGGGGCCCAGUGAGUGGGAACAGCGUGUUAUUGAACGGAGGAGCGGUGCACGGAUCCAGCCAGAAGGAGAGCGUGUUUAUGAGGCUGAACAACAGGAUCAAAGCCCUGGAGAUGAACAUGAGUCUGUCCAGCAGAUACCUGGAGGAGCUCAGCCAGAGAUACCGUAAACAGAUGGAAGAGAUGCAGAGAGCGUUCAAUAAGACCAUCAUCAAACUGCAGAACACCUCCCGCAUUGCUGAGGAGCAGGACCAGAAGCAGACGGAUUCCAUCCAGGUCCUGCAGAGCCAGCUGGAGAAUGUCACAAAACUGAUGCUCAAUCUCACCGCUACAGUCAGCCAGCUGCAGAGAGAGGUAUCUGACCGUCAGAGCUACCUGGUGGUCUCUCUGGUUCUGUGUCUGUUUCUGGGCCUCCUGCUGUGUUUGCAGUGCUGCCGCAGCUCCUCUCCCAGCCCCAACAUCAGCACGGCUGCCCUUCCCAAGAGCAACCACUACCCCAGCCCCAAGAGAUGCUUCUCCUCUUAUGAUGAUAUGAGCCUAAAGCGCAGGGUGACCUGUCCGCUUGUUCGCUCCAAGUCAUUCCACUUGUCAUCUACAGAAGUAGGUCCAGAUGACUUGUACAUUGUAGAACCUCUAAGGUUUUCUCCAGAGAAAAAGAAAAAGCGCUGCAAGACAAAGUCGUUGGACAAGGUUGAGAUUCUGAAGGCAUCUGAUCCCUCUGCUCCACUCACAAACGGGGGUCCAAAGUGCAACGGGUUCACACCGUGUCUCCCUGAGCCACCACCACCACCUCCUCCUCCUCCUCCUCCCCCUCCUCCUCUUCCUUCUCCUUCUCUCCCACCGCCUCCCCCUCAACCUUCAGAGGAGGUGUCAUCACUGCCCACGUACACUUCCAAGGAGUUCCCCUCGGAGACCAGCAGCUGCAGCUCGUCCACCCACUCUGAGGAGUCCUACACAAGCCGCCUCCCCCCUCCCUCUCCAAUCCUCCCCUCCGCUGGCCUGUGCAACGGAUACAGCCUGCCUUUCCCCCUCCGGCAGCCCCCUACCAAGUCCCGCCAGGAGAAGCGCUCGACGAAGCGGCGGCGGUCGCGGCAGACAGAGCUGCCGUUCCCUUCCAUGGCGGGGGGUGGCGUCAGCUCUCUGCCCAGCCUGCAGCAGCUAAUGAAGGGAAACAAGGAGAUCAGUGUAGGGACCAUCGGGGGUGACAGCCCAACAUGUCUGAAUACUCACGUCACUCUUACACCCCCCACACACACAUUCUCACACACACACACACACACACACACACACACACACACACACACUUAUAUAGUAGCAGACUUGCAUAGUAAGGAGAUGAGGUGUUACUGACUGCAUCCCAAAGAACCACAUUUUCCCAUGAGCACCCAGGCGCACCGUGGAACUGAAGUGGCUAUGGCAGCAGUAGCUCAACAUAAUCCAGUCCUUAUCCACUCCUGUCAAAGACCUGUUUACGGUUAUGUGCCUUUAUAUCUGUUGUAGAUCUUUCAAUGCUAAAAAAAUGAUAUUUAAAGAAUCGUUGGUGUGGACAGAGAGAGACACCGGUGGGGAGUGAGACAUGAACACAAGUCAAAUCCAUUUAAGUGUUUUCUACUGGAUAAGCACAUUGUCGUGUGACAGUUGAGUGCCAGUGAGUUUUCACCCCCACUCUGAGCACAGAGAGGAGAGGCGCUGGCCUCAACUCUACGUUCCAUCACCUACGGGAACAUCACAAAGUAUUAGGCUGCUUUUUUUUUUGUUUCUUUGUUUUUUUGUUUUGGAUGAAAUGUGACGUUGUGAGAGAACCAUGGAGCGUGACAAACUAUUUCUCAUAUCCUUAUUUCCUCCUGUCAUCUAUGUCCAUCAUUUUCUCCAUUCUGUCAUUGCAUUGCAUCCUAACAUGAGUGCAGGUGUUCAUAUGGGACCAGAGUGUUCAUCUUUCUUUGUACACCAGACUCUCUCUUCCUCUGUCUCUGUCAGUCUGUUCCAAACCAACCGCCAAAGCUGAAUGAAGAACAUCUAUUAUUUUUUUUUUUUGCAUGCAGUGAAUUAGUCUGAAUGUGUUCGUCCUCUCAGUUUAGUAUCGCAUUUCAUCUCAUAUUACAAAUACAGUCGCAGCAGUUUGUAGAUCCUACUAGUUCACAAUGAAAUGUCAUGAACUCACUUAGUUUGGGCUGGUCCUGAAAGUUAACACACACACACACACACACCAAAUAAAGGGGAAUUGCACUGAUGCAGUAGACAGUGUGACUGCGAGGAAAGUAAAAAUGAGUUCAAACAGGCUAGAGGUAAGCCGUAGGGUCUUGUUGUUGUCUUUUUCUGUUAUGUUUUAUUAUUUCUUUCAUCCAUAACUGAGCCAUGCUCCUCUCUUAUCAUUGCUGGUGUGGUUUGUUCUCACAGCCAGUAUGGAGGCAUAAGUUGUCUGUUCAGGGUACAGUGUGCAGUAGGAGCACAUUGGGUGGCAAAGCUGAAUGUUUACACACACACCCACACACAUAGUAGGAUCUACUGGGACCCUACAGCCGAGUCCCGACAGACCGGUUUUAUUUAUCUAUUUAUUUAUUUAAAUGACUACAGAUGUUUCUAACCUAGGCGCUAGCUUGCCAGUCUCCCAACCCUGAAGUGUCAAAGUAGUUUAUCCAUGUAUGUUAUAUAGAAAUAUUAUAGUGCAAUACACUCAACCGCACUUACACAUGACUAUGGUGGAUAGCUCAACCGUGGAUGUUUUGUUUUUGUUGUUGCUGUUGUUUUUUAAGCUUAUGCUCUGACAUUAUAACAGCCCCUAAUUCUGUUUGUCUCAGCCUGAAAUAUCCGACAUAUAUGAUAGCAGUCACAUGUUCGGCUUAUAUGUCCAACAAGAUAAUAGAGUAUUAAUUUUCGAAAACCAGUCUUCUUAGCGUUAUCACACUGCUGCGUUUGUAUUUGUUUAGAGCUGCUGGCUGGUUAAAAGGCUAAACCGAGGGUUUAUUAUUUUGUCUUCAGUGUGCUUGUCUCAGCAUCUUUUCUGGAUCAUUAACAAACCUAAUUUAACUUAACCCAGUUAAUGAUUUCAUGACUGACCAACAUAAACAUUCAGUUUAAUGUUUUAACACUGUAGUGAGUUGCAGAUGUGAAAAGGGGUAUCUUUUUUGUUUGUUUUUUAAAUAUUAAUAAAAAUAAAAAUGCAUGAUUUUCUUAUGUAUGCUGAUUCUGACUGGCUCUGCGUGGUUGGACUUGUGUACAUUUUGACAGAAUUUUCUGCAAACUCUUCCAAAAGUGCGUCAUUACCUCUUCUGACCAGCUCCUCUUUCUCUUUACAUGUCUUUAUCCACCAAGGUCACCUCUGACCACCCACCCCCCUCCACCAUUGUACAACUUUCUGUGACUGAAGAAAAGUUUCAAUAUGCCUGCUUUUUAUUAACCACUCUAAUAUGUUCCCAUUAUGAGCUUAAACACUGAUAAAAGCUCAGUCUACACACCUGCUUUCCUGACUAGCUGAUCUUGCUGUGCUUCUCACUCUCACUGUACACUCUUUUAUUCACUUGUCGUCAUUGCUCCUCGACUUUACGUGUUCGCCCCGCCUUGAAUGACAUUCGCGGUUUGUGAGAAGAAGAAUAUGAACUGUUAUUGAAUAAAGGGAACGCAGCAAAGAUUGGUAUGAUUUGGAACACUAUCAAUGUGACUCUGUAUUUUUCACAAGCUGAACAAAUUUAUUGUUUUUUCCCCCCCCCCUUUUUGAAUGUGUACGAUCUUAUGUUUGUGUGUGUAAAACUGUGUGCAUGUGAGCAUUUUGUGGUGGUGGUGUUGAUCUCGUGUGUGUGUGUGCGCGCGUGUGCGUCUGUGUUAUGAGAAAGACUACUUUGAAUCUACUUAUCCCGUAACACAGCGAAUAGAGAGAAUGCCCUCAGAGAAAUUCUAGGAGCUCAGUGUGCACUUUGUACGACUCCUCAUGCCUUUUUUUUUUGUUUUUCUACUUUAUAUGUCAAGUUCUAUCUUUUCUUUUCCUCUCCCUCUCUGUGAUUACUCUGAAGAGCUGCACAGUACCUUUGAGCAGGAGUGAGUUACUACAAAACUGUAGUGCCAUUAGAAACUGUGAAUUUCUAAAUAAAAACCUUUUUUGUUGUUGUUGUCUUUCA